AGGGCAAUUAUCAGGAUAUUCAUAAAUAUCACAGAGAAUAUUCGAAUUACUAUUUUGAAACGGAUAAUGAAGCUUCAUAUAUAGAUAUCAAGGUAUACAAUGAGACUUUGGUUGAAAGUAUAGAAAUAAUUAAUGAAGCUUAG